GUCCUUCAAAAGAGAUCUUACAGUAGACGGAUCACCGCGCACACUGCUAUAUAAACCCUAACACAACCGUCACUGGUCCUCUCAUUUCAGCUAGUUUUACGUAAGCGCAACGCGGCUGAAACUGUGUGUGGUAAUCGGUGCCUUGCCUGACGCAAUCCGCUGCAAUCCUGCGUAAUGCGUGUGUGCGGCGUUCGUGGCUGUGUAAACACCAAAGAAUCCCGCUCUGGUGGACGAAAGGGACCGGGUAUUCGCUAUCACAAGGUUCCAAAGAACGAGCCCGCACGGACCACAUGGCUGAGGUUGAUAGGACGUGAUGCCGUCCCACAGGACUUCGAAAUCUCCGUCUGUUAUUUGCACUUCCGAUCGGACGGUUACGUAUUGAACAUGGCACUCGCGGACGCGUCCGGAGUUGGGAGAUUCCGAGGUAGACUGACGCCUGGCGCGACGCCGUCGUUGAACCUGCCGACGGGCGAUCAGCAUGCAGUGCAACAGAAAAACAAGGCCAGCCUGUGUAUCCCAGAAGGAUGUGACAGCCAAGCUAGUGAUGGUAACACUGCAUGGACUGGCUCCAUGGUUCUUGCUUCCCAACCUGGUAACGAAGAAAGCAGCCACGCAUCUGAAACAGUGUGUGCUUCCCCUGCACUUCUGUCUCCCAAUGCUUCCCAACAUGGUAACGAAGAAAGCAGCCACGCAUCUGAAACAGUGCGUGCUUCCCCUGGAUUUCUGUCUCCCGAUCUCGACACGACCCCUCCAAACAUCCUGGAGUGCAUGAACUGUGGAUGCAAGCAGCUCAAAAGCACAUGUUCAACCGAAGAGAAAGGCACACAGUAUUCUCCACCGAAGGAGUCAAGAUGGACUCAAACAGUACUUACGAAGACUAGAACAACUGGCACACAAGCAAAUCGUAAUGUUGCGGCGCUGCAGACAUCAUGUACUCAGACAAGUGAAGAGCUUUGUCAAACUCAGCUACAGGACAGUGGGCUUCCUUGGCAGUCAAUGCAAACAUCCUGCAACCGGACAAGUGAGGAGCCCCAUCAAGCUAACCAACAAGACACCGCAGUGCAAUGGGAACCAAAGCGUUGUUCCACACCAGUUAUGGACGUGACAGAGAGCAGUAUCGGUGACACCGAAAACCCAGCAGACACUACAUAUGUACCGAGUAACGACAGUGUUCUCAGUGACCGCCAUCAAUACCGGUCUGUGGAUCCACAGGAGGAGCCAAAAUACAUAGUGUUUGAAAGCAAACUGAAGGAACUCUUUCGUGUAUGUACCACAUGUUUGAGUCCAUGCACUUCGUCAUUCAGCUGUGUCGGAUCCCUGCUUCGAGUGAAGUGCUACUGUCCAGAUGGCCACAUUUUCUGUUGGGAAAGCCAGCCGUACAUAGCCAAUAAGCCUGCUGGGAAUGUGCUUUUGUCAGCUGCCAUUCUAUUCAGCGGAGCCAGCCCAAUACCAACACUGCGUAUGCUUCAACUGAUAAAUGUCAAGGCCAUCUGUGACAACACAUUUUUCUGCUACCAGCGAGGCUACCUUCUUCCCGCAAUAACAGAGGUAUGGAUACAACACCAAGCCACACUCCUGGUUGAGAUGCAGGGCAGGAGAAUCAACUUAGCUGCUGACGGACGGUGUGAUUCACCUGGACAUAAUGCAAAAUACCUUUCCUACAACUUCUACAACUGGGAGUUGAACAAAGUCAUCCACACUGUCCAGGUCCAGUCCAAUGAAGUGGCGUCAAGCUACCACAUGGAGCUGGAAGCAUUGAAACGUGGGCUGGAAGAGCUGAAAGACUUCAAUGUUGCGGUAGACACCCUAACAACAGAUAGGCAUGCCAGUGUCAGAAAAUACAUGCGCACAUCAUAUCCAACUGUGAAGCAUCAGUUUGAUGUUUGGCAUGUCUCCAAAGGCAUCCGCAAGAAGCUCAUGAGUGCGAGCAAGACAAAGGGGUGUGAAGCACUUGAGCUGUGGACAAAGCCUGUUGUCAACCACCUUUACUUCUGUGUCACUCACUGUGAAGGGGACACAGAGCAAGCUCUCUCAAUGUGGAAGAGCCUCAACAACCAUGCUUGCAAUGUCCAUGAGGGUCACGAGGGUUCUUAUACGCGCUGUUUGCACCCUCUCCUCGACGACACGAAGCGACCAUGGCUCAUUCCUGGAUCACAGCCGCAGAAAAAGCUAGCCAGUAUAACAUUGUCAAAGUACCUCCUCAAGGACAUCCCGAGCCUUUCUCCUGAUGUGCAGACUUCAAGCUUGGAGGCAUUCCACAGCCUCCUCAUCAGGUUUGCUCCAAAGUCUGUUGGGUAUGGCCCCAAAACCAUGAAGUGCAGGACAUAUCUCGCAAUCCUGCAUUUCAAUGAGAACUCUGCCAGGGCGCAUGCUUUCACGGAGGACGGGGAACUACGCUAUCUCCUGAAACGGUCCAAGGUGUACUCUGGAGAGUAUGUUGCACUGCCCAUCAAGGAGGAGCCUACCUUCAACUAUGUGCACAAGCUUCUCAAGAAAGUGGUAGAGCUGUGCGAUAGGUGGCCUACGUUUGAUGCAGCAUGGGCUGCAAACCCUCCUGAGGAGCUCCCCAGCCUGACAAGCAGCCAGCCCCCCAUGGAUAAGCAGGCACUGAUAGAGGCCAGGCAACACCGCUUACGGCCUUGUGCAUGCUGCCUGUGCUGCAAAACUCCAGGUUUGAACCCUGUAUAAAACGUAGACGGAAACUUGUCCCGGAUGGCCCACACUACGCAGGAUGGCAGCACACGCCUAUCUCCCUCUUCGAGGCGCCCCCAAAGCCACGAUGCACAUUGUUUGUAGGCAACAUGGCGGUAUCUCCUCAAGGAAAGUGUUUGACGAUCACACAAGAAGCAGCACAAUUUGAGAUAAGACAUGUAAG